CCUCAGACUGUGCGGGACGGUGCCGUCCUUCCAACAGAUAAGAGAUUCCCCUGUCUUGAGUGCGGGAAGUGUUUCCAUUCUAGAUUCAAACUUAAUGAGCAUAAAAGAUCUCACACGGGUGAGAAGCCGUAUUCCUGUUCUCAGUGCGGAAAAUGUUACAUGCAGAAAUCAGUACUCGUCAGACAUCAGAGAUCUCACCAUGGGGAGAAGACAUUUACAUGCGCCGAGUGUGGAAAAUGUUUUUCACAGGAGACUAGUCUUUCAGUACAUCAGAGAUCUCACACGGGGGAGAAGCCGUAUUCCUGCCCUGAGUGCGGGAAAGAUUUUUCAAAGAAGUCCCAUUUCUCCAUGCAUCUGAGGUCUCACACGGGGGAGAAGCCGUAUUCCUGUCCUGAAUGCGGGAAAUGUUAUUCAAAGAAGUCCAAUCUCUCCUUGCAUCAGAGAAUACACACGGGAGAGAAGCCAUAUUCCUGCUCUGAGUGUGGGAAAUGUUUUUCACAGAAGUCCUAUCUUUGCAAGCAUCAGAGAUUGCACACGGGGGAGAAGCCACUUUUGUGUACUGAGUGUGGGAAAUGUUUUAUACAAAAAUCAGAACUUAUUUUACAUCAGAGGUCUCACACAGGGGAAAAGCCGUACUCCUGUCCCAAGUGCGGGAAAUGUUUUUCACACAAGUCCGAUGUUUGCAGACAUCAGAGAUUGCACACAAAGGAGAAGCCGUAUUCCUGUUCUGAGUGUGGAAAAAGUUUUUCAAUGAAGUUCAGUCUUUACAAACAUCAUAGAUUACACACAGGCGAAAAGCCGUAUUCGUGUACUAAGUGCGGGAAAAGUUUUGAACGAAACUCAGAAUUUGUCACACAUCAGAGGUCUCACAUAGGGAAAAGGCCAUAUUCCUGUCUUAAGUGCGGGAGAUGUUUUUCACAGAAGGCCCAUCUCUACAGACAUCAGAGAUCUCACACGGGGGAGAAGCCGUAUUCCUGUCCUGAGUGUGGGAAACGUUUUGCACAGAAGUCUGAUCUUUCCAGACAUCAGAGAAUACACACGGGGGAGAAGCCGUAUUCCUGUCCUGAUUGCGGGAAAUGUUAUACACAGAAGUCACAUCUUUUGUCACAUCAGAGAUCUCACACGGGGGAGAAGCCGUAUUCCUGUCCUGAGUGAGGGAAAUGUUCAUCACUGAAGUCCU